AGGGGCGGGGCGGGGCGGAGAGCGGCGGCGGUGGGGCUGUGUGGUGGCGGCUGGUGACCGUUGGUGGCCGUUAGCGGCCGCCCCGCCAUGAGCCGGGCACGUCAGGCGCUGCGGGCCCUGCGCCUGCGGAUGUUCGGUCCCGGCAAGGAGCUGGCGGGCACCGAUCAGUUCGGCAACAAGUACUACCGCGUGCCCGAGCACGAGUCCCGCGCAGGGCAGAUUAUACCAGAGAGAAGAUUUGUAGAAGCAAUAAAUCGGCAAGCUUAUCAGUAUGAGAUGGGUGACUUUCCAACAGAAUGGGAAGCUUGGAUAAGAAAAAGAAAGGAUCCACCAACCAUUGAAGAGAUUCUUAAGAAUGAAAAUUAUAGACAAGAGAUGGAGCAGAAGGUCAAAGAUGUGUAUGAGAAGGAUAAGCUUCUUCAGGCCAAGGAGUACAAGGAGGGACUUGUUGCUGAACCAGUUCGUACGCAUGUUAAAGGCCAUGCAUCAGCUCCUUACUUUGGAAAGAGCGAGCCUUCCCAAGAUCCAGCAAGCACCGCGAACACCUUUCAGCCAGGCUCCUGGAUCCCACCAGGCAGCGGCAGUAGUCAACCUAAAUAACCAUCUGUAAUGUACGGAUAUAGGCCAUGGAUAAACACGUCAACAGACAGCAUAAACAGGCGUUACGUAUGGCGAGUGUGCGCUUGACUGGUAUUAAAACCAAGUUCCAUGUAUUUUUGCAGAACAGUUCAAGUAAGUUUAGUUGUGACAAACUACUGUAAAAUGCUUUAAUUUAGUGAAAAACGUGAUGCAUUACUAAGUUCAUUCUCCGCAGUUGGUGUUCUUCCUUUAUUCUUUAAAUAAUUUUAGGUGGGUUUUCUGGAAAACUUAAUUUUCUUAAAUAAGUUGCUUUUUUUUCUUGAAGAUGGAUUUAUUUUUUAAAUUGUUUUUGAUGUAAUAAACUUUGGUUAAUUAGUACACUUAAAUUAUCUUCCCAAAUGUAGGCAUUUAAUAUAGUUCUUCAGAAUUCCUGUUCACUUCUAUGACAGUGCCCAGCAUUGCUGAAUUUAGAAGCUUUCCUCUGGCAGUUAGAUGGAAAAGUUGAUUUAAUGAACAGGAAUCACUGUGACAUUGCAGUAAUUUUAGAGACACUCUUGCAACUUUAAUAAAGGAAUCAACAUAUUUGAAUAAAGUUUUACUUGAAGCCAGCAGUAAGCACAGGAUAAAGUCAGUCUGAGUUAAACCGUCUAACGUUAUUGUAAGAGGUUUGAAGCAUUUAGUAAAGCUGGGGAAAAAUGGCAAAGAGGUUUCGGGAGAAGGGAUUGUCGCUAAUACCCCUCCACCCCCCAAUAAUUUUUUACGUCUGCUGUAUGCUAAGACUUCCCUAAAUUAUUAGAUGUUUGAUGCUUGUUCAAAUACAUAAAAUGUGCACAUUGUUUGCUUAGAAAUCAUGCUUGAGAACUUCAAGUCAAAAUAAAGUCCACACAAUCUUUUGAAAAA